AUGCCUAUUCCAACGGGGCAUAUCCCUCGCACGGAGGGGGUACCUUCUCCAUCCAACCUCACAAGUACGUUCAUCACCUACGACCCAUGGCGCAACUAUCGCGCAGCAUCUCAACCCGCAUUCCAGCCGCGAUCACAGCCUGCGCUCAGGCGGCGGAGAACACUGAUACAGCGCUUGCUGCUUGUCGGUUCGCUGUUCUUUACCGCCCUAUUCUUCUUCUUCCCUGAUCUGCGACCAAACCUGGGUUCCGGACCCCUCAGCUUGAUCUCCUCGAACGACGAUGCGCAGCUUGAGACCGUGCGAUACUACGAUUUGAACAACGUGCAAGGAACGGCGAGGGGAUGGGAAAGGGAGGAGCGCAUUCUGUUGUGCGCUCCUUUGCGAGACGCGGCUCCGCAUCUGCCCAUGUUCUUUGGCCAUUUGCAAAACCUCACAUACCCCCACAACCUCAUCGAUUUGGCUUUCCUCGUUGGAGAUUCCAAGGAUAACACCAUCUCACUCUUGACGGAGAAGUUGGAGGAGCUACAGGCCAAUCCCGACCCCAAGCAGCAGUUUGGCGAGAUCUCGAUCAUGGAGAAAGACUUUGGACAAAAAGUUAACCAAGAUGUUGAGAGCCGACACGGUUUCGCCGCACAGGCUAGCCGCCGAAAGUCAAUGGCACAAGCGCGAAACUGGCUGCUGAGCGCUGCUCUGCGGCCAACACACAGCUGGGUAUACUGGAGAGAUGUGGACGUGGAGACUGCUCCAUUCACUAUUCUGGAAGAUCUCAUGCGACACAACAAGGAUGUCAUCGUGCCCAAUGUCUGGCGACCACUUCCGGACUGGCUUGGCGGCGAACAGCCAUACGACCUGAACUCCUGGCAAGAAUCUGAGACUGCCCUCGCCCUCGCCGACACUCUCGACGAGGAUGCAGUUAUUGUAGAAGGCUACGCAGAGUACGCCACUUGGCGCCCGCAUUUGGCCUACCUCCGCGACCCCUACGGCGACCCAGACAUGGAGAUGGAAAUUGAUGGUGUUGGUGGUGUUAGCAUUCUUGCGAAAGCCAAGGUCUUCCGCUCUGGUGUUCACUUCCCUGCAUUCAGUUUUGAGAAGCACGCUGAGACAGAAGGAUUUGGCAAGAUGGCCAAGCGCAUGAAGUUUUCCGUGGUCGGUCUUCCCCACUACACUAUCUGGCAUCUUUACGAACCCAGUGUCGACGACAUCCGACACAUGGAGGAGAUGGAGAAGGAGCGCAAGGCCAAGGAGGCUGAGGAAGAAGCAAAGAAGGCCAAGGAGGCUAAGAUCAAGGACAAUUUUGAUGAGAAGAAGAGCGACUGGGAAAAAGAGAAGGCAGCCGUCCAAGACAUGGUUCAGCAAGCAAAGAACGAGGAAAAGGCGGCCGCUGAGAAGGAGAAGCAACAAGAAGCGGCAGCAAAAGAGGAGCCGCCCAAGGCAGACUCCAAGGAGGAGAAGCCAGCUGAUAGGAACGAGGGCGAUCAAUCAUAG